AUUUUAUCAAUUUUUAUUCCUCAGUAUUGAGAAGAUGAACCAGCAUCCAACAUGCGAUCUACAAUCUGCAGUUUCAGGGUUAGGAGUACGACACUACCAAGCAGUGAUGACAUUUCUCUCUAUGGUGCUGUCCUACUCCAUGCGGGUCAGCCUGUCUGUAGGGAUUGUAGCCAUGACCGAUACUAAGGGAUCUGAUCCAGACAUCAUGGUGUUGGAUUGGGAUUUCGCCCAAAAAGGUAUCAUUUUGAGCUCUUUCUACUGGGGGUACAUGGUCACCCAGAUUCCCGCUGGUCAUCUGUCUCGCAAGUUCGGCCCUAAAUAUCUUCUCCUUAGCGCAAUGCUGGUCUGCUCAGCUACCACUCUGCUGAGUCCUUCCAUCGCCGUGAACUGCCAUUGGGUCAUCUUCUGUCUCAGCCGAGCCAUUCAAGGCCUUUCACAGGGGUUCUUUUUCCCUUCUGUCAACACACACAUAGCCAAGUGGGCUCCGCCUGGUGAGAAGACCAGGAUAUUCUCAUUUGUGUUUGGAGUUAAAAACAUCACUCUAACAUUCCGGGACUCGAACCACGGUCUCUCACUCGCCGGGCGAGUAUGCUACCAUCACACGCUCUGUGGUGUGAUUUCAUUAGAUUUGUCUAGUGCUUAUCAUCAGAUACCAAUUCCAGAGCAUGAAAAACAACUUACCGCUUUUGAAGCUAAUGGGCAGUUGUAUCAGUUCAAACGCAUUCCAAUCAGAGAUUGGCAGACCUGGUCUGCGGAGGAUUGA